AGAGACGUGAUUCUUUCCGCUCAUGGUCGGCUCUUCCAAGGUCUCUGUUCUUCGUGUUUUGGGUUUUUCUUCAUUGACAUUUUAGCCUCAUAUUGGUCUGGUUCUAGUUUACUUCAAAGUGUGACUGUUUUACUUCUUGUAAAGCAGACUUUCUGACCCUCAUAUUGUUGUUGUCGAGAUUUCAAGAAUGGCUAUGAAUUUCACGGAAAAUAUGUACCAAAAUGGAAGUAAGAAAAGUGUUGAGAAUUCAGGCUCUAUAUUUGAAAUUGAAGAUAUUUUGAAGACAUUGGACAGACCAAGAACGAUUAAUAUAGAAAGGAAUAGAUCAUUUGAUGAAAGGUCAAUGAGUGAACUAUCAAAUUGUCAAUCGCCUCGUCAAUUUUUCAAAGAUCCUGAGUAUUCAGUUCAUGUGGAACAUCUUGAGUCUAUAUAUUCUCCGUCUAGAAGGUCUGUUUUCAACUCCCCGAGAGCAAAUGGAUACUUUGAGUCACAUGCCAUGGUAGCUGAUGCAUGGGAAGCUUUGAGGCGUUCUAUGGUUCAUUUCCGUGGGCAGCCUGUUGGGACCAUUGCUGCUGUUGACCAUUCUGUCGAAAAAGUUAAUUAUGAUCAGGUCUUUGUUAGAGAUUUUGUCCCAAGUGCCCUGGCUUUUUUGAUGAAUGGGGAACAUGAAAUUGUCAAAAAUUUUCUUUUGAAAACUCUUCGCCUUCAAUCAGGGGAGAAGAGGAUAGACAAGUUCAAAUUGGGAGAAGGAGUUAUGCCUGCAAGUUUUAAAGUGCUCCAUGACCCUGUAAGAAACAAUGAGACUUUGGUUGCAGACUUUGGUGAGAGUGCAAUAGGAAGAGUAGCUCCCGUAGAUUCUGGAUUUUGGUGGAUUAUACUACUCCGUGCAUAUACAAAACAUACAGGGGACUCUUCCCUGGCAGAAUUGCCUGAAUGCCAAAAGGGUAUGAGACUUAUUUUGAGUUUGUGUAUCUCAGAAGGCUUUGACACAUUCCCAACCCUGCUGUGUGCUGAUGGAUGCAGUAUGAUUGACCGCCGAAUGGGAGUAUACGGGUAUCCUAUUGAAAUUCAAGCACUGUUCUUCAUGGCUUUAAGGUGUGCUUUGCUUCUACUUAAGCAAGAUGAUGAUGGAAAGGAACUUGUGGACCAAAUAGUUAACCGCCUCCAUGCUCUAAGCUUUCACAUGCGGAGUUACUUUUGGCUGGACUCAAAGCAGCUCAAUGACAUAUAUCGUUAUAAAACUGAGGAGUACUCUCACACUGCAGUUAACAAGUUCAAUGUCAUGCCUGAUUCUCUUCCAGAUUGGGUGUUCGAUUUCAUGCCAACUCGUGGGGGUUACUUUAUUGGUAAUGUGAGUCCUGCAAGAAUGGAUUUCCGUUGGUUUUGUUUGGGUAAUUGUGUGGCAAUUUUAUCAUCUUUGGCGACACCUGAGCAAUCUGCAGCUAUAAUGGAUCUCAUCGAAGCACGUUGGGAUGAGUUGGUGGGACAAAUGCCACUGAAAAUUUGUUAUCCUGCCAUGGAAAGCCAUCAGUGGCGAAUUGUAACUGGCUGUGAUCCAAAAAACACUAGGUGGAGUUACCACAAUGGGGGCUCUUGGCCAGUACUUUUAUGGCUACUCACGGCUGCUUGUAUCAAGACUGGACGUCCGCAAAUUGCAAGACGUGCCAUUGAACUAGCUGAAAGCCGAUUGUCCAAAGACCACUGGCCGGAAUAUUAUGAUGGAAAGCUUGGGAGAUACGUCGGAAAGCAGUCUCGAAAGUUCCAAACUUGGUCUAUUGCAGGGUACUUGGUGGCUAAGAUGAUGCUUGAAGAUCCUUCUCAUUUGGGAAUGAUAUCACUUGAGGAAGACAAGCAGAAUAACCAAGUUAUAAAAAGAUCUGCCUCGUGGACCGCUUGAUUCUUCCUUGUCUACGUUUGAGCAAUGCCUCAGAUAUGUCAAAUGGGGCAAUUGAAUUCAUAACCUUUGAAGGUUGAUAAAUUGUUAUAUUUGUUCUCUCAGUAGAAUGUUAUGCUGUUUUCCAUAUUGCUGUUCGAGAGGAAAGUUGAUGUGUUGUUUUGCAUCUGCUUUCCUUUAUUCUUGACCUGGACAAAUAUGAAGAUGUGUAACUCAAUAAAACCAGAUUGCAUUGGGGUCUUAACUCUUAAUGCAGCGUCUAGUUUAUGCUCCUGGAGCUUCUUUUUUUUUCGCCCAGGGUCUCUUAGUGGUCUCGGGCCUCGUCCAUAAAAUUGCUCGUUGGGCCUCUUUUUUUAUAAUUUGGAGACUUCAACCCAUCAGUUUUAUCCCAUUUUGGGCCUUUAUAGAUGAUGACGGGCAGU